AUGGCGGAUGGGGAGGACAUCCAGCCCCUCGUUCUUGACAUCGGAACCGGAAUGGUUAAGGCCGGAUUUGCCGGGGACGAUGUUCCCAGGGCUGUCUUCCGCAACAUCGUGGGCCAUGCGAGGCAUCCCGGCGUCAAGGUUGGGAUGGGCCAGAAAAACGCGUAUGUCGGGGACGAAGUCAUGUCGAAGAGGCGCAUCCUCAACUUGAAGUCUCCGAUGGAAAAUGGGAUCGUGCGCGAUUGGGAGGACAUGGAGAAGGUCUGGCAUCACACUUUCCACGACGAGCUGCGCGUCAAUCCCGAAGAGCAUCCGGUGCUCCUCACCGAAGCGGCCCUCAACCCUAAGGCCAAUAGAGAGAAGAUGGCGCAGAUCAUGUUCGAGACCUUCAAUGUCCCUGCUUUGCAUGUUGAUGUCGGAGCAGCUCUCUCCCUCUACGCCAGUGGCCGUACUACAGGUAUGGUGCUAGAUUCUGGGGAGGGAGUGACCCACACAGUGCCGAUCUAUGAAGGUUACAAGGUGGACCCUUCCGUUAGUUGGCUAAACCUCGCGGGGAGAAGCUCGACCGAAGCUUUGAUGAACAUCUUAAGUGAGAGAGGUUAUCCAUCUAUAAUAACAGAAGAUCGAGAAAUCGUUUGCGACAUCAAGGAGAAGCUCGGGUACGUGGCUCUUGAUUACGAGAAGGAGCUUGAAGCCACUGAAAGCAGUUCGACAAUUAAGAAACAAUAUGAGUUACCCGAUGGACAGGUCGUAACCAUCGGAGCUGAGCGGUUCGAGUGUGCUGAAGUCCUAUUCCAGCCGCAACUUGUCGAUAUGGACAUGCCCGGGAUUCACGAGGCCGUUCACAGUUCGAUCAAGAAGUGUGACGAUGACCUCUGGAAGGACCUCUAUGGGAACAUCAUGCUAAGCGGAGGAUCGACUAUGUUUCCAGGAUUCGCUGAGCGCCUCAGUAACGAGAUCACCGCCCUCAAGACACGCAACUAUAAAGUCAAGGUGGUCGCUCCUCCGGAGAGAAAGUACAGCGUUUGGAUUGGAGGGUCCAUACUUGCUUCUCUUAGCACAUUCCAGACGAUGUGGAUUUCAAAGGCUGAGUACGAUGAAGAUGGCCCGUCCAUUGUUCACGAAAAGCGCUAG